UUAUCUCAUACAUUUUGCAAAUCAAAAUAUUGGUGAAUUUAUUUUUAAGAAAUCUGAAUUCACUGAAUGGUAACUUGUGACGACUUAUUUUGCUUAUGCUUGAUACAGUUUUUCAGUUUAAAUUCAUAACUAAAAGUUCUACUGACAAAUUGAACUGACAUUUCUUGGUGAACUCCACAUGCUGUAUUCAAGAUGACCUGGCUACCAUUAAAACUUAAGACUUAUCAGCUCAAAACAGUCUACUCCCUCCUAAACAGAUACAGCACCGCUGCAAAAGCUGUAACCACCGUAAAUGUAAAUGGAAAAGCGUUUGAAGCAGAUGACUACACCAACAUAACUCCAAAAAUAGCUUCAUAUUUAAACAGCAACUUGCAUCUCAAAAAGAAUCACCCCUUGUCUCUUGUCCGGCAGCGAAUUGUGAACUAUUUCUACACUUUCCGCUAUGCGGGCAAUCCAGAAUUCAGUGUGUAUGACAACUUGAACCCUGUUGUUUCCACAAAACAGAAUUUCGAUGAUCUGUUGAUCCCACUGGACCAUGUCAGCCGGGCCAAGUCCGACUGCUACUACAUCAACCGAGGCAUGUUGCUCCGGGCGCACAUGACGGCCCAUCAGAGCGAGCUCCUGAGGUCUGGCCUCAACAACUUCCUCAUGAUUGGUGAUGUCUACAGAAGAGAUGAAAUUGACUCCACACACUUUCCAGUAUUUCAUCAGGUAGAUGCAGUGCGAUCCCUUCACAAGGAGCGGCUAUUCCCGAAGCAGCCAGAUUUGGAGAUAUUUGAGCCCCAAUAUGACACUAAAAACCCCUUCACAUUCAAAAACACUAUAUCAGAUCCCAUGAAACAAAGUUGCCACACUUUAGAAGCCACCAAAGUGAUGGAAACUCAACUAAAGAACCACCUCAUUGGUAUGGUGAAGACAUUGUUUGGCAAAGAUAUAAAACACAGAUGGGUAGAUGCCUACUUCCCAUUCACUCACCCCUCUUGGGAACUUGAGAUCUUUUAUGAAAACAAAUGGAUGGAAGUCCUAGGCUGUGGUAUCGUGAGGAAUGAGAUUCUAGUCAACGCUGGGCCCAGUAAUACGAUUGCAUACGCAUUUGGGUUAGGUCUAGAGAGGCUUGCCAUGGCUUUGUACAAGAUUCCAGAUAUUAGACUCAUGUGGAGCAAUGACUCUGGUUUCCUGACACAAUUUGAGAACAAAGAUUUGGAUGCGAAGAUUACAUACAAACCAGUGUCAAGUUAUCCUCAAUGUACAAAUGAUCUCUCAUUUUGGUUGCCAGAGAACCUUAGUAUUGAUACUUUUAUGAACAAUGACUUCUACGAGCUGGUGCGUGGUAUUGGCGGCGAUAUUGUUGAACAGGUGAAACUAAAAGACAAGUUUGUCCACCCAAAGACGAAGAAGCACAGUUUGUGUUACAGCAUCGUGUACCGACACCUGGAGCGGACCCUCACUCAGGAAGAAGUCAACAAAGUCCACAAAGAUAUAGAAGUAGCCGUGGCUACAGCAUUUAAUGUCGUUAUUAGGUAAUCGGUUUAUUUAUUAAUAAAUUAAAAACUUAAAUACUGUUUCAA